GACUCCUCCUGCUUUCUUCCUUUUCAUUUUCUUCUCCGUCUCCCCUCUCUCUAUUACUGAGUUGGCUGUUAGAUUUUGACUCCAUUGAUCAUCUUAUAACACAAGCUGAUAUUGUAUGGAUCUCGCUGAUUCAAGGAUCGAUUAUUUGCAACUCAAAAGCUACUGGUGGGACAAAAAAAACAAUAUGAGUGAGUUAGAGGACAGGAUUAGCAACUUGCCAGCCUCAAUUCUUCAUCAUAUCCUCUCUUUUGUUCAUACUCGCGUUGCUGCUCGGACUAGUGUAUUAUCUAAACGAUGGAAAUAUAUUUGGAGGUCUAUCCCUAGCCUUCAAUUUCGGUGCCAUAAGUCCUCGCGGGUCCAAAAAUUCAUGCGUUUUGUCGAUACAACUUUGGAGCUUCAUGAUAGUUCAAACAUACAGAGUCUGAAGACGAUGACGAUGCAAGUGAUAAUGGGAGUGAAGACAACUACUACAAUGACGCUGCUGAGGAUGAAGAUAACAAUGACAAUGAAGACGAUGGUUGGGCACUUGAUAUAGUGGCUGCUAGAUGUUCUUUCCUACAUCUCAAGUUAGUUAGCUUCAACAAAUUUACUGGAGAUGCAAGGGAGAUGCAGUGGUUGAAACUAAUUUUGAAUAAUGCAACAGAAUUAGAAACCUUGACUAUUUCUUGUGAGCGCAUCUCGAACAUGAAAAGCGAAAAUCUCAUGGCAGAUAUUUCGAGUCUUCCUAGAGCUUCAGCCAGUUGUGUGUUCAAAUUCUCCUCCGAGCAGGGUUAGAAGGUGAAGAAGGUCAGUUCACUCAGUUGUUCUCACUGUUGAUAAGCUGAAAUAUUUAAAAAAUCAGAAUCAGCUUUAUUUUGAUAUAUGUAAACCUGAAAGUCGGGUCUUAUCCGAAAGGCCAUAUAAUAGGUCGGUUUGCAUGUUUAGCUGGAGUUAGACUGAAUUGAUCUACAUCAAAAGAAACUAGUUUGUAGAGCAAUUUCACUGGACCUAGGCUAACAUUGAUUUUCAAUUUGAAUGGCUUACAUUCGUGCAUUAGCAGAAAUCGGAGGCAUCUACGUGGUCAGGUGUUGAAAUCAUAGUUUUCUUCACAAUUACUUGAUUGCUUGAAUUCUCGGCUCUACUGAUUUCUCGACUACCAAACUUUAAAACAAGAUAUUUUGUAUAAAUUUUAUAAUGAUUCAGUGAAGAAAGUCUGUAUUACAUUUUAUAAUGUCGAUGAUUGAGUCAUUGAUCAAAAACUUCAUAAGUGAUGCAACAUGUGCUUCCAUCUUUUGAAGUGAGCAAUUUUGUAUUCAUGUGCUUUACCAUGGCAUCUUUGGCAUCUCUUUUUUCUGGCA